GUUGCCGUCAGACGCGCUUCUAGAUCGCGCCGGGCGGAGGGGCUGGACCGUGCGGCUUCGGGGGCCCGCCGGGUGGCUCUGGCCAGCCUGAGGCCUCGGCGUUCGCCCCCCGCGGUCUCCUCGAAAGAGAAACUGGACAUUGUCCCCCGGUGUCUCCAGAGGAGAUAAUGCCCGGGAGGUUUUCUCGGACCCAUUUGGAAUGACGUUUUCAUCUUGCUGAACGCCAGGGUCCGUUGACAUGAGUCUGGUCGUCGUGGUCCACGGUGGCGGAGCCAGCAGCAUCUCCAAGGACCGGAAGGAGCGAGUGCGCCAGGGCGUCGGCAAAGCGGCCACGGUGGGAUACAAUAUCCUCAAGGAGGGCGGGAGCGCAGUAGAUGCCGUGGAAGGAGCUGUGGUCUCCCUGGAAGAUGAUCCCGAGUUCAACGCCGGGUGUGGAUCUGUCUUGAACACAAACGGUGAAGUUGAAAUGGAUGCCAGUAUCAUGGAGGGAAAAGACCUGUCUGCAGGAGCAGUUUCGGCAGUCCGGUGUAUCGCAAACCCCAUUAAACUUGCUCGGCUUGUCAUGGAAAAGACACCUCAUUGCUUCCUCACUGACCAAGGUGCAGCAAAAUUUGCAGCUGCUAUGGGGAUCCCAGAGGUUCCUGGAGAACAGCUGGUAACAGAGAAAAGUAAAAAACACCUGGAAAAAGAGAAGAAUGAGAAAGGUGCUCAGAAAGCAGAAUGUCAAAAAAACUUGGGAACUGUGGGUGCUGUUGCCUUGGACUGCAAAGGAAACGUAGCUUACGCCACCUCUACAGGGGGCAUCAUAAAUAAAAUGGUUGGCCGAGUUGGAGACACACCGUGUAUAGGAUCUGGAGGUUACGCUGACAAUGGCAUUGGAGCCAUUUCAACCACCGGGCAUGGGGAAAGCAUUCUGAAGGUGAAUCUGGCCAGACUCACUCUCUUCCACGUAGAACAAGGAAAGUCACUAGAAGAGGCUGCCAACUUGUCGUUGGGUUAUAUGAAGUCAAGGCUCAAAGGUUUAGGUGGUCUCAUCUUGAUCAGCAAAACUGGAGACUGGGUGGUAAAGUGGACCUCUGCCUUGAUGCCCUGGGCAGCCGCAAAGGAUGGCAAGCUGCACUCCGGACUCGACGUUGAUGAAACCACUAUCACGGACCUGCCCUAAGUCCCUGGAAGAUUGUAUUCUAGAUGGCAGCUUGGAAGUAAAGUGCAGUUUCCUGGUGUGGGGGCGCAGCUUAAUCAAUUAGAUCUAGAAAUGGAAAAAUUAUGUUGUCUGUCACUCAUUUUGUUGCCUUGAUCAGUAAGUAUCUGCAUAUAUGGUUGAGGGUGGGUUCUAAAUUUCUGUAUUGAUCAAAGUAAGACUAGAGAAGAUGACCAACUCUAGUACUAGAGCCUUUCUCGCGCACAAUUCCUGUCCUGCAAGGUUAGAAAGAAGUAGUACAAUCAUGAUGUGGCAGAACAGCCCCGGGGCAGGCAGUGCCUUUUGAAACCAGGAGAGGUGGGGAGGGGAGGGCCCAGUGGAGUGCAGUGUUUGAAAGGGAGGCAGGAGCAGCAGGAGAGCUAAUGUACAAAGUCCAGGGGAACCCUGGAAUGUUCACUUGAGUUGCAAAAAGAAGCCGUAAAAGCAAAAAUCCUUUAAGGAAAAUGUUCUUCAUUUAUGAGUAAAAUGAUUUUUCUAAGAAAGUUCCAAUCUUCUCUGACUCACUAACAUAGACCUGUUUCCAGAUACUUCCAGAGGACCCUCCACUAACUCAUAGCUCCCUAACUGGGAGACAAAGGGUCUAAAUGAAGACACUCUGGGGUUCCUUGAAGUCUGAGGGUUUUCCCGGGAUCACAGGUGAGCCCUCUUACCUAGUGUUCUCCCACAAUCCAGCUUCAGCCUGCUACCCCCCUCUGGUAUAAAGGGUCAUAUAGUAAGGAAUGGGCUCUCCACUUCUGCACUCUCUCCAGCAAAAGGAAGGAGCUGGCUGGUGUGAACAAGACACCAUGAUGCCCUGAAUUCUCAUAUGUCCAGUGCUGUGGGACACCCCCUCCUGCCCCACUGAGUCGGGUGCUGUCCAGUCAGCAUGGUGAGGAAAGUAACUUCCUUGGUGGAGAAUAUUCCUAAUAGUCUCUCUUUACACUGGAAAUGUUAUAUCUGCUAUGACGUAUCUGCUCAAUAUUUUUAGUCUGUCAGGAAUUACUUUUUCUCUGGCAAGAAAAUUCAUAACUUUAAAUCCCAUGUGUCACUAAUAAAAUAUAUUUUGAAAGAAUAACAGUGUGGUCAGGAGUCACUCUUGACAAAGACCAGAAUGUACACAGCUCUCCUUUGGUCUCAGUGAUGACAGGUGCACUGGGUAAAGAGACCUUGAGAUGGGGGGUUGGGUGGUAUCCACAAUACAUCCUGCCUCGUGGAGUGUUUUUGAAAGAUCUGAACUUUGUCUGAAUGGGUUAGGGAAGAAACCAACCCCCCAUUUGCAAAUAUCAACAGAGUUUUUGGAUCAGUCUUCUGCACUUUGACAGCACUCACUGUAGACAGAGGUGUGCAGUCCUGGCUCCUUCCCCUAAACCCUCCCUGGGCCUACAUUAGCUGCUCUGAAGCAGAAAGAAAUGGCAUUUGGUGAUAGAACUGAGUUUGAAUCCUGCUUCUCCCCACUACCCAAGUGACACUGGGCAAGUUAACUUUCAAGAAUUUUUCACACCUGCGGUGCAUCUUACAAGAGUACAUGUGAAACUUAGUAAACGUAGAAUAUAAUUGUCUUAACACAAUAACUAAGAAAAUGCCAGGAAGGCUAUAUUAACCAGUGUGAUGAAAAUGUGUCAAACUGUUUAUAAAACCAAUGUAUGGUGCCCCAUGAUCACAUUAAUGUACACAGCUAUGAUUUAAUAUUAAUUAAAAAAAAAGAAUUUUUCAGCUGGACACAGUGGCUCUUGCCUGUAAUCCUAGCACUCUGGGA